CGGCUAACCUUCGCCCCCUGUCGUCAGUUGGGUGCGGGGAACAAUGGCGCACGGCCGGCCGCCGCCGUGUAGGGAUGGCGUGAUCUCGGUGCUCGACAUGCACACGGGCGGCGAGCCGCUGCGUAUCGUCACCGGGGGCUUCCCGCCCGUCCUCGGCCACGACAUCCUAAGCAAACGGCGCUACGUGCGCGACCAGCUGGACGGGCUGAGGCGGCUCUUGCUCUUCGAGCCCCGGGGCCACCGUGACAUGUACGGCGCGCUGCUAGUUGGCUCGGAGGAGCCCGACGCCCACCUCGGCGUCCUCUUCAUGCACAACCAGGGCUACAGCACCAUGUGCGGGCACGCCGUCCUGGCUCUCGGCCGCUACGCCCUGGAUUACGGCUUGAUCGCCGAACCCAGCUCCCCUGAAACACAAGUCAACAUCCACUGUCCGUGCGGCCUCGUCCGAGCUUACGUUCAGUAUGACCGGGGCAGGAGCGGACGUGUCCGCUUCCACAGCGUCCCUGCCUUCGUCUUCGCCACAGAUAUUCCUAUUGAUCUACCUGGACCUGGACGUGGCAAGAUUGUGGUGGAUGUUGCAUAUGGAGGUGCUUUUUAUGCAUUUGUGAGUGCAGAUUGUUUUGGUUUGGACGUUUGUUCCUCCAGGACACGAGACCUUGUAGAUGCAGCAGUAACUGUAACUAAUGCUGUGAAAGCACAGGUCAAGCUGCACCACCCUGAUAGUGAGGAUCUUGCCUUCCUCUAUGGCACUAUAAUAACUGAUGGCAAAGAUGCAUUUUCUGAAGAACCAACAGCAAAUAUCUGUGUUUUUGGAGAUGCUCAGGUCGACAGAAGUCCUUGUGGCUCAGGUGUGACUGCUCGUGUUGCAUUGCAGUAUCAUAAAGGAUUUGUUCUACUGAAUCAGACUAGGACAUUUCAAAGUGGUCCAACAGGCUCAUUAUUCACAGGAAAAGCUGUUGAGGAAACAAAAUGUGGCGAUUUCAAAGCUGUUACAGUGGAAAUAGCAGGACAAGCACAUUACACAGGAACGGCAAACUUUUGUGUCGAAGAUGAUGACGUUCUCAAAGAUGGGUUUCUUCUUCGAUGAAGUAUUUAGAACAGAAGUUACCAUGUGUACUUAACAUUAAAAUCUUGGUAUCAUUUUAAAGUCCUAACUUUUAUUAAGUAUAAUUUAGUUUUCUAUGUAUUAAUUCUAUAUUUGAAUUUCAGUCUUUAAAGACACUGAACUAUGAAUUAUUCAUGUAUAAUUAAGUUUGUAACAUAUUUAUACUUAGUAGUCUGAUGGAUCAUGUUUAAUUAUUUAUGAAAUGGAAACAAGUGUUAUGAUUCUACAUUACUUUGUGGGUAAGUCCUAAACUCUGAUAUUUCUAUCUACACUGUAUGUAAUCAUUUUAAUUUUUAAUAAAAUAAAAUUAUCACUAUAAUAUUAAUUGUAAGCUCACUGUAUAAGCAGAGAAAAAUUGUAGCUUUGUUGAAGAUUUCUACUGUUUUAAAUCAGACUGCACCAUUUUAAAUUAGUGAUUUUUUUUCUAGUUACUAAUCUUGUUUACACAGUUAAAUUGCCCUUCAGUCUGAUACUAAUUGUAAAACAAUUUCGAUCAAAUUAGUAUUGGUAUGUCUGAUCAAUUUAAGUUAUGAUAAGGGUAGAUAAUGGCCAAUUUUAAAAUAACAGAAAAUAACAGCACGUUCUUUAUAUCUGCUUUGCAACAAGUAAUGUGGUUUGAUUGUGUAAAGCAGAACAAGGAUAGUAGCCUGGUUAUUUGCUCAGAAUGCCUUGGGCUCCUUUCUGAAAAUUAAUAUAUGAAGUAAAAUAUUUUUGUUAAAUAUAUUUUCAGAAUGAGUCGAUAUACAGUUCACGCUCCUUAUCUGCAAUUUCCGCAUGUGCGAAUCAAGAAAACCUGGAAUUGCUCUUCCAGCACUUGUUGCUUGAGCAUGUACAGACUUUUUUUUCUUGACAUUAUUCCUUAAUGCAGUAGAACAACUAUUUUACAUAGCAUUUGCAUUGUAUUAGGUAUUAUAAGUAGUCUAGAGAUGAUUUAAAGUAUACGGGAGGAUGUGUGUGGGUUAUCGUGGAUUGGAAUUGAAAAAAAAUCGUAAGUUCUCUUACUAAGUAAGUUGGAACAGGUACAUCUGGUUAGCAUCAGUCAAAUGUUUGUCUUAGUAUAUAGUAUACAUUUUACCUUUCUAUGCAUGCACUUAAGAACGUAUGUUUCAGCACCGGGCUGGGGAACGGAAGUUCUCAGGUUCGAUCCAGUGACGGAUCGCUUCCGAGUGCACUCUCCAUCCGUGCCUGGUUGAUGUGGAGGAUCAAAACCCCAAAACCCAAUAAUUAAACCACUGUGUUGUAUAGUAAUAGUUGUAGCUUUCAUCAAGGCAGGGCCUUUCUCACUUUAUCCUUUAAAAUUGUUCCGAUCGUAAACGGACUGUAGCCUGACGCUUUUCCAAUCACUAAUGGCAUUUCACCUCUUUCAGAUCGCUUUAUUAUUUCCAGUUUAUGUUCAAUCGUGAUCAUGAUUAUUUUCGUGAACAGAAACACCGCGGAUGCAGAGUUCCGCCACCAGGUACUAAUAUCCACUGCACUGAGACAGGUUGAAUAAGGGACUUGAGCAUCUGCGUUUUUUGCUAUCUGUGAGGGGUCCCAGAACCAAUCCCUCACGGAUAAGGAAGGCCGACUUAUUCAGAGACCAUGCAAUAAAAUACGGCAGUAUCUAUUUAUUCCUGAUACGGCUUUAUUCAGAGCCCUAUAAACCAAAAUGUUUCCAGGUUUGCUGCCCAGCCCAAGUUGGCUCUUCAUAAAUCCUUAAGUAAUAAAGGGAAAAUAUAUACUGCAUUAUUUUGUGAUAAGUGCUUUAAGAAGUGUAAUUCUGGAAUUCUUUUCCAAUUUCUUCUGUUAGGUUACUUUCUAAAAUCUACCUCCUUGAAUAGGCUUUAACUGGCCUAGAAUUUUAACUGGUUCAAUGGACAUUUUUGUUUAAUAAUAUGUUAUAUAAAUGAUAGCCAUUAGUCUUGAUUAUACAGCAAUUCAUGCACAAACUGCAGAAACAAAAAUAUGGUUGUCUCAGGUAAGAUAGCUUACAAAGUUGAUAGUUUACUAUCUUUGGCUAUACUUGUCUGUGUAUUCAGAAGCAGCUCUCAGCUUUGAAAGCUCAGUGUCACAUACAGGAUAGUUCAUUUUUAUAAUAGCUUAUAUUACGUAAGAAGUCUAUGCCCCACUCAAAUCUUCUCCUGUCUUUCAUCUUCUAAACCUAACUGCCUACCCUCUAUACCAUUCUAGUGCACUUACUGCUCUUGUGUGUAAAUUUACUUUUCACUUCAACCACAAUCCCUAGUAGCAAGUUCUGUAGUUUCAUUACCCCUUGAGUAAAGAGGUUUCUUCCAAAUUUCCUAUUUGGUGUCUUGUUAUGUUAUGAAGGUCUCAAGUUAUGCUAUGGAAAUUUGUCUCUGUAUCCAGUCCAUCAAAACUGGUCCACACUUGCCCUUUUUGCAAAGGGAAAGAGAUUCAGUUUGCUCAAAUUUUUUGAUUAUAUACUGUAUAUAAUUUUGUGUUUGUAAUUUAAUCCUAAUAAAUCUAUCCUGAAUGGUCUGUUCCUAC